CGAUUUGUUUAUCUCCGCGUGCGCUUUUGCUGCGGUUCCCGAUUUUCACCAAAAAUCCUCACAAAAUGACGUCUUUCAACGUGAUUGUGGGCACUUAUGAAGAGUUUCUGCUGGGCUUCACUUGUAAACCACCAGACACGGACGAUCAGCCAGAGAAACUUCUGAAGAUCUUCGCCUCCCAUUCGCACACUGCUUCCAUCCGGUGUGUGUCCGGAUGGGGUGAAAUCAUCGCCAGCGGCGGUGCAGAUGACAAGAUCUUCGUGUACAGCUUGCGGUCGAAGCAGGAAAUUGCCAUUCUGACUGUUCAGUCAUCGACUGUGAAUACACUGGAAUUCGCACCGGACGGAAGUCAUCUGUUCGCCGGCUGUGCCGAUGGAUCGAUGCUGGCGUACUCCUGCGAGACCUGGGAAGUGGUGAGAACCUGGAAAGACGCCCACAAAGGCUCGUCGGUGAAUCAGAUCCGAAUUCAUCCCAGCGGCAAAUUGGCGCUGAGUCUGGGCGGAGAUUUGACUCUUAGAUCGUGGAACCUGGUCAAGGGACGCCAGGCAUUCGCCAAGAAUCUCAAGUCCAUGCAGGAGCUUGGCAGAAUUGUCGAGUGCGUCGAAUGGUGCCCGGAUGGGAAGCAAUUUGCUCUGUCCGGAAGUCAAAUCGUGCAGAUUUGGAGCUUAGCCGAUGCUUCAGUUUGUGCCACGAUAAAGUGCGCCUCGCGACCAACAUGUCUCGCCUGGAUAACAGAGGAUCUUCUGGCUGUUGGCCAGGAAAGUGGGAAGAUUCUCUUGCAUCGCCUUUCGGGAGGAGCAGAAGAGAAAUCCGUGGAAGCUCAUGAGAAGCGCGUGAAAGACAUUUCGUGCAGAAAUCCACACUUUCUCACGUCCGUGGGAAGCGCUGGAGAUGUGAAAGUGUGGUCAGUGGAUCAGACAAAGCUUGGAUUGAGGAAAAUUAGUUCCACAAACAUUGGAUGUCGUCCAACUUGCGUCGUCAACACGGCGAAUGACGAAUUCCCGGCUGUGAAGCAGGAAAAGUCAUCAGAAGGCAGAGGAGAAGUUGUCGUGGAAGAGGAAUUGCCGGAAGAGAUGCAGGAAGAAGUCCUGGAGACGCCUAAGAAGGUGAAAGAGAAGAAAAAGAAGCGGAAAUCGGAAGUAUUUCUUCCUCCUGCAGCUUCAAGUGCGAAGAAAGCCAAGAAAAGACAGUCUUUCAACCCUUUCGCGUCCUUCACCGUCACCGACAUCGAUCCGGAGGAUCUCAAUCAGUCCCUGGAGACUGUAAAAGUGAAGAAGAGGAAGACGAAUGGGAUGAAAAACACCCUGAACAGAACAAUAAAUUGAUUUU